AUGUUUGAACACUGUGGUUAUAAUAUGCACUAAACAAAACAAGCACACAUCAAACAGCUGACGGAGAAACGCAGAUCAGAUUGACUGUGUUGCGAAUAUUGUGGAGAACGAAGUGUUAAAAUGUUUCCAGUGUUACUCAGCCGAUCUGCACCGUGUCGGGGUAUUCUGGCGACAGUCUGUCCUUGGGUAACGCGGCCUGUCUCUCUUAUGUCAGUCAAGUUCAGCAGUCAAGAACUCUUUCCGCCAGGAAAUAUUACUGAACCACAGAUACCCCCAUAUAAGGAAAGGGUGGACGAACCAACUGACUUGAAAAGGGCGAGGCUGCUGUACCAAUCACGGAAGCGUGGUAUGCUGGAGAAUGGACUUCUGCUGAGUACUUUUGCAGCGAAACAUCUCUCAAAAAUGACACCAGAGUUGCUACAGCAGUACGAUCGUCUUAUCAAUUUACCAUCAAAUGACUGGGACUUAUAUUACUGGGUUACUGGUGUUAAGCCAACUCCUGCAGAGUUCGAAAAUGAUGCUAUGAAGCUGCUGAAAGAGCAUGUACAAAACAAGGAGAGACAACUCCGGAUUCGCCAGCCUGACCUUGACUAAUUAACACACUUUUUUUUUUUUUAUUUUAAACUACCGAUCUUCACAUAAGUGAGGCCUGUUCAGUAUUCAGUGUUUGCUUUAAUGUACAACUGUUGUCAGUCCUAGCAGCCGGAAUACCUCUCUCUCUCUCUCUCCCUCUCCCAUACACACACAUUUUAUUAACAACAGCUCCUGGAUAAGCACUUUUUGUCUCUGGAAGAUAUAGUUUUACUGCCAUUUAAAUUACAUGAUUUUGAUUAAUACUUGUUAAUUAUUUAAUUAGAGAGGUCACACUAAUCUAGUGAACAAAACACUGUAUUCAGUUAUGAAAUACUAACUUAUUUAUCAAGGCAAGUGUAAUGUGAAUGUUUGGUGCUUUCAUAUUGUUUGUUUAUAAUAUAAAAUGUAGAUAACUUUCACUGCACUCUCAGAGCUUCACUGUUGCAAACACACGUACUGUGUAAAUAUGUAUAUUUGUUGUUAUUCAAUGUCCAUAAUUGAUAAUAAAUUAUAGCCACAAAAAAUUGAG